UCUAAUCAAUCAGGCAGGCAGGCAAAAGCUUCGUACUCUCGUCUUCGAUGCUCCCGGAAUCCGAUCCUAUUCCCCAAAUUCCCAAAUCUUAGCUGAAGCAAUGAAGAACCCUAACCCUCCUCCAGCCAAGCCCUCCGCCUCCGGCAAGCCCCCUGCCGGCGGCAUGGCACCCCGCAAGUCUCGUUGGGGCCCGCCGCCCGCCGGAGCCGCACCCAACCCUGCCGGAGAGAAGACCGCGUCCACCUCCCGUCGCACGCCGACCCCCACCUCUGCCGCCGCUCCUUCCUCCAACUCCAGGCGGCACCCCGCUGCUCCUGCCCCAGCCCCUCUCGCCCGCAACCCCGCGUCGCCGGCGGCCGCCAUCCGCCCGCCGCAUCAGCAGCCGCCCCGUGUGGAGACGCCUCCCCCACCACAGUACGGGUUCCACAACCUCGACCGCCGCACCAUGCUCCUAGCCGACGGCACCGUGCGCACAUACUUCGCCCUUCCUCCCGACUACCCCUUCGAGCCAACCCCUUUGCCCCCGCUCCCACACCUCCCGCGUGCUGGACUCGAGGCCUGGCCGCCACAGCAUCAGAUGCCGCCGCAGCAGCUCCCGCCGCAUGACGGCAAGCGCAAGCACCACUCCGACCCUGAAGAAGGCUUCUCCAGGCACCCGAAGCAGCCCCGGUUCGAGUCACCGCAUCACCCGCUGCAGAUGCGGCCAGAUGCAGCUGUCGAUCGACAAGCUGUAAGGAGGGCGUUCCUCAAAUACUCCAAAAUCAUCAAUGAGAGUAUGGCCCAAAAGCGGAGCUACCUCGAAGGUGGUCGCGUCCAAUGCCUCCCCUGCGGCAGGUCUUCUAAGGACUUUGCUGAUGUCCAUGGGCUUGUCAUGCAUGCUUACAACCCACCCAAUGCAGAUUCAUUCAUUGAUCAUCUUGGUUUACACAAGGCAUUAUGUGUCCUUAUGGGAUGGGAUUAUACAAUGGUCCCUGAUAACUCUAAGGCAUACCAAUCAUUACCUCCUGAGCUUGUUCGAGCAAGUAGGGAGGACGUUAUCAUAUGGCCGCCAACUGUUGUCAUUCGCAACACUGCCACUGGGAGGAAGAAAGAUGGACGCUACGAGGGUUUGGGGAACAAAGAAAUGGAUAAGAAAAUUGCAGGCUUGGUGUCCCUGUUUGUCACAUCUGCCUGGCAAAAUAUGGGGGAAUAUAAGGAUUGUAUGGAAAGGAACUUACAGAACUUGUGUACUGGCGCUUUCACGAUCCUUCACCUUGAUCUUUCAUUUCUUCUGAAAGAUUAUGAACCUAUCCAUUUAUGCUAGGUUAUUCGUCUUAUUGAUCUAAGAGCAUUGUAGACUCAUGAAUUGAGCAUUUAAGACCAUUGUAUAGCUCCCCAAACUGAUGGAUUAGUGAUCCCUUUUUAUAUGACCAUAGUUUGAUCACUAAACUCCUAGGCACAUGUGCUACCAUGUGAUAAUGUUCACUAAGCUUACUGACUGUAUCGAGUAGCCGACUUGAUAUGGACAUAUGUGUUUUAACCUUUGUUAGGUAGGAGAUGAUGGUUGUGGGAUUAUUCUAUGUCUUGUUGCGCCAUAUGCUAGAUUUGUCUUAGUUGGUUGGAUGUACUUCUGAGAGUUGUUAGGUUCAUGAUACUGUUGUCUUGUAAGCUUGAACUCUGCAGGAGCAGUCUUAUCCUGGGUGCUUUGGUUGGCUGCAAACCUGCAGUGAGUAGUGGAAGGCAUCUAACGCUUCAUUAGAUGAAUUCCGUUGAAUAUGAAUUCCUCCUGAUUCAACUAAUGCACAGAGUACUGCACAGACUAAGUCAUCGCACUGUCCAUGUGAAAACUAGUUUGUGUUGGCUCUAUCCUUAUACAUGAAGUUGUAUA